AUGCCGAUUUUCUCCCACGCUCUUGUCCUCAUUUUCGCCACAAGUUUCUCCAUUACAGUUGCCUACAUUAUACUGAUCAUCUUAACUGUAGAUUUGUACUACGCUACGCCCGCCACGGCCACGGCAGCGAAUACCCUGAUAUACGAGAAUGUGGGAGGAAUGGUAGGGGAAGUAAAUCAUGAUAGUGAGACUGAAUUGCAAUAUUUACCGGUCAACAAUAUUCACCGUCCUGUUACACUAAAGCCUACGAUGAUAGAAAUUAUAAAGACCACCAUUCAGGAGCCCACAUACAUUCUAUCCCGCAUAGUUCUCUCCAUCAAUCCCCUUCACACUAUCGUCAGACCCUCCAUCUCCACUAUCCCAACACCCCGUGAAUCCUCCCCAGCGACACUCUCCAAAUACCAGACAAGAAACCCCUCCCAAUCCUCAGCACCAUCAACCUCCCCCAACACCAAGCCUACAUCAUCCUCUUCCCCGACCUCGACGUCUCUACAACCGGACCACAGCAACCGUCAUCCUCCACUGGUACCAGCCCGACCUGAUCUCCUCCAACAACAACAGCAGCAGUACACUCUUCCCCAACCCACACAAUCCACGCAGAAAACGAGCAACCUAACAUCGCCCCCCAAACCCCCGCCAAACUGCCACCACCGAUACCUCUACCUCCUGUACACCCAACCACCCGAAUACAUAUUUCCCGAAUGCUUUGUUUCGAGCAUAUAUUCCCAUCCAGAGUGGAGGCACGAGCAAGAUUCGAUAUGA